AUGAUGCAUGUGUGUGAUCUGCCAGCAGAAGACAGUCGCUCCUGCAGUAAAGCUCCAGAAGUGUCCAGCGUCAGGGUUCAGCUGGAGAUGCAGAGUCUGUGGAGGCAGUUUGACCAGCUCGGCACUGAGAUGAUCGUGACCAAAGCUGGAAGACGGAUGUUUCCCACGUUUCAAGUGCACAUUUCAGGCAUGGAUCCUGCAGCAGAGUAUGUUCUCCUGAUGGACUUUAUUCCUGUUGAUGACAAACGAUACAGGUAUGCCUUCCACAGCUCAUCCUGGCUGGUGGCGGGCCGUGGAGAUGUAGCGGCUCCAGGACGAGUGCACUUCCACCCGGAUUCCCCUGCACGUGGAGCCCAGUGGGUCAAACAGACGGUAUCUUUUGACCGGCUCAAGCUCACCAACAACCUGCUGGAUGACAAUGGCCAUAUGAUCCUGAACUCCAUGCACCGCUACCAGCCGCGGCUGCAUGUGGUGUUGGUGGACCGCAGCAGGAACAGUCAGCGUUUUGCCCACCGCAACUUCUGCACCUUCAGUUUCCCUGAAACACGCUUCAUCGCCGUCACUGCCUACCAGAACCACAGGAUCACACAACUCAAGAUCGCCUGCAACCCCUUCGCCAAGGGCUUCCGGACAGCAGAUCCUGAGCACAGGGCAGAUCUGAACAGAGCGUCGUCGGUGGGCCAGACUGAUCCUCCAGCUCUGUGUCUGCCCUGGAGUGAAGCAGCGUCGCGGAGUGGAGAGUGCCAGCGUCGCUCAGACACACACCUGCAGCCGGCCACCGCUGGGCCAGUGAUGGACGCCGCGUCACACACACACCUGUACACACCUGCUCCAGUGUUCUUCAGUCUGCCCGGACAGUGGGACGUCCUGACCCGAGCAGAGCGAGACCUGACAGGAUGA